AUGGCUUUAUCUGUGUUUAUAGGUGGAUGGAAGUGCCAUCAAUCCAGUCUUUACUUCAUUUCUUCUGAGACGAAGAAAUGGACCGAGAGCAGAAAAUACUGUACAAACAAAGGAGCAGAUCUGAUCAUCAUAAACAACAAAGAGGAACAAGAUUUUGUGAAGAACAUUUCUGGUGAUGCUAAAGUCUGGAUUGGUCUGACUGACCAAUCAGUGGAGGGCAGAUGGAAAUGGGUUGAUGGCAGCAAUGUGACCUUUAGGUGA